CCCAUUUAGCCACCACAGAAGCCCUCUGAAGAUAUAUGCCACCCCAAAAUAUCCUACUUCAGAAAAGAGGUUACUUUGAGCUGAAGACAAUUAAGAAGCAGCAAAAGCAGAAAGAACUAUUUUUCCUUCCACUAUCUGCCUAAAAGUAGGACAUAAAUUUCCUUUUGUGAAGGACUGACUUCUCUGCUGUACCAGGAGAAUAACUGCUAUCAUUGGCGACAGAAAUUUGCACUGAGAUGGUCUACACAGUCAAACUUUACUAAAAUAGCCUUUAUCUUUUAUUAGUCUUCCUCAUAUAUUUAUAUUGGCAUAAUUUACCACCCCUAGAAGCUCAAACCCCCUUUCCGUUGUCUUGUCAUUUUUCUGCAGUUUAUCACCCUUUUUUAAAAUGGUGUAUAAACUCCACAUGUAAUUGCUUCUCUUUGCACAUAGAAAUUAAAUAUUGUCAUCAAGUACAUUUUGUUUGCGUUUUUUUCUGUUUAUCUUUUGUCAGUUUAGUUUGCAGAUCUCAGGAUAGAUCAUCAGAGAAUAGAGAAGAAGUUUUUUUUCCUUUCCUGAACUUCUGUAUCAUUUUCAUGUUUUAUCAUGUUUAAUGGCUUUUAUGCUCUGGUUUGUGCUGUUUAAAUAUUACCUAUAGCACUGACUUAUUUUUGUCACUUUAGUUUUCAGAUUAGUGGUUGUCACUCCUGACUGCAUAACAGAAUGAUCAGUGAGGCUUUUUAAAGGACCUAGUUUUCUGGGGCCUGUUCCAGAACAGACCCACUGAAUCAGACUAUCUGGCUGAGGUCCAUGAAAUCUAAUAUCCAAAAUCAGUGUCACAGAAAACCAGAGGCAAACACACAUUAGAGUGUAAAGGCAAGUCUUACUCAGUGACUGUUGCAGUCGUGGAAGAGAGACCUUGGGAUAGACUAGGCUUCGUUCUGAAUACAGCAGGGCGAAUGGGGGUGGACAGCUAGGGAGCAAGGUAGGUGUCAGUGAAUGAAAAAUUACUAAGGGGUAUUGCCCUAAAGCAACUUGGCAGGGUUCUUGCUAAAGGCAGGCUAGGGUGAUAAGAUUGAAAGUGGGAUAAGGAAGUUUGAGGGUAGGGGAUUUCGUUAAACUGACUCAGCAGGACUCUUGCGGAAACUGGACUAUGGGGUCCAAGGCCAAGCCCAGGAGCUGGCAUGUGUGCUGCCCAGUCGUGUCCGACCCUUUGCGAACCUGCGGACUGUAGUCCGCCAGGCUUCUCAGUCCAUGGGAUUCUCCAGGUGGAUUCUUUACUGCUAAGCCACCAGCUUCCCAAGGGCUAGGCCUCAUCGCGAAGAGGACUCAGAGGAGCCUGACCAAGGAGAGAGUCUUUGUCAACAUCAACAACUACUGCAAAUUAUAGCAAGGAAAAACAAAUGGAAGCCCUGCCUGAUACAGCUGUUUUGGCGACUAGACUUAAAAACACUCUUAUCCAGUACCACAACCUUGAAGAUGAAAAGUGGCGAGUUGCUAAGAAGACGAAAGAUGUAACAAUUUGGAGGAAACCUUCAGAAGAAUUUAAUGGAUAUCUCUUCAAAGCCCAAGGUGUGAUAGGCGAUGCUGUCAAUAGUGUAAUAGACCAUAUACGCCCAGGUCCCUGUCGCUUGGAUUGGGACAGCUUGAUGACCUCUUUGGAUAUUUUGGAGCACUUUGAAGAGAACUGCUGUGUGAUGCGUUAUACAACUGCGGGUCAGCUUUGGAAUAUAAUCUCCCCAAGAGAGUUUGUUGACUUCUCCUAUACUGUGGGCUAUAAAGAAGGGCUUUUAUCCUGUGGGAUAAGUCUUGACUGGAGUGAAAAGAGAUCAGAAUUUGUUCGUGGAUAUAACCAUCCCUGUGGUUGGUUUUGUGUUCCUCUUAAAGAGAGUCCAAGCCGGAGUCUUUUGACAGGCUAUAUUCAGACGGAUCUGCGUGGAAUGAUUCCCCAGUCUGCAGUAGAUACAGCUAUGAAACAAACCUGUUCUAACUUCCUAAGAAGCAAAUGGGACGAAGAACCCUGUGCUAAGGAGAAGAAGUCUGGAGUACGGGACUGUUCCUAGCUGCUACCAAAAAGCCUGUGGACUGAAGCAUGCCAGGCUUCCCUGUCCUUCACCAUCUCCCAGAGUUUGCUCAAAAGGGUGCAUGAAUAUAAACAUUUUGGGAACUUUGAAAGUAAGUAACAAUCUUGACAAAAAAUGUAAACAAAAUCAUAGCUCAUGAAUAUGUAUUUGCAUUCUACUGUACAUUAGCUGCAUGACAGGCUAUAAAAUAAGUUGAAAAGAGGCAGUUACGAGGUGACACUUGUCACAUUCAAGUCCUUCUUACUUGAUCCGCUACAAACCAGAUUAGCUGCCAUACCUGUAAGUUUUCAUCAUCCGCAACGGAUUGUCAGAGUGCUUAGGGAAAACAACAGCUCUCAAAAAUUCAAAUAUGAAGCCUAUUGUAUUUGCGUAACCCAAAAUAAUUUUUAAAUGGAAAAUAAAUAUUAUUAUAUAAUCUGAUGAAGAUUACACAUGUCAUUUUUAACACAGUGAAUCACAGUGAAGAUAACACAGAUAUAAACAUUGCAUGUCCAUGGGUAUUCCAGGUCAUUUUUCAAAAUGUGCUGAAAACAAUUAUUUAAGAAGACCAGCAUGAUUUUGCAGUCUUAGGAUUGCUAUUUGGCGUUUCAAACUAAAUUCUGGCCACCAAGGGCUCCACAUUCCUUCAGCCAGUCUGGGAUAUUUUCUAGGAUUUUAGAGGAUUUUAGUUUUGAAAAGCUUGAUGGCCAUAGGGAUGGAACAAAACAUUGAUCUGGGACAAGUGGCAGCAAACCAAGUCUUGAGAAGAGCAAAUGAUUGGUGAGAUGCCGUUGUCCAUUACAGACUAUGGCACUAUGGCACUGUACCAAUUCAAGCAGUAUAACUGGAAGAGGCUUUCUCCCAUUUGGCUUAUUUGAGCUCAACCAAGUCAGAUGCCUGGAGUCUUCGCUACAGCAAUGCUUAUUCCUGCCAAGGACUCAGAUAGUCUGUUCUCAUGGCAACACUUCUGUCUUGUCCCAGGUGGACCUCUGGACCAGGUGACAUGGAAAAGACUGAAUCUUGAGGUUAAAAUCAUGCAAUCAAACCUUCUAGAGUACACCACAGAGUGUGUGAAAAUUAGAAUUUUGAACAAGCAAACAUAAAUUAGUCAAGUUUGUUAUUGCUCUCCAAGAUAAGUAUAUAAAUGGUUGGGCUUUAUGAGCUAAGACUGUAUUAUCUGAUCUCAGAUGAUAUUUGAAAGUAAUAAUGACAAAAAUGGCCUUUAAUAUAUCAGGAUACAGAAAGAAGAAAUGCUGAACUACGUUAACAUGGGUGGAUAGCUGAUAUCUCUCCAGUGAUAUUUUAGGUUCUUUUUCUAUUUGUCAAGAAGCCAGAAACUCACCCUGAGUUGUUCCAGGGGAAGAGAAAAACUUUGAACAAAAAAAGUUGUAGAAAAUUAUUGGCUAUGUUUCUGCUUAUCAUGUGGUUAUGAGUAUUACAAUACCAAUAUUGAGAUUAUAUGUGCAUAAAUGUUUAAAAAAACGCUGAAGAUACACAUAAAAGUCUAACCAGUAAGCAGUUUUUAACCAAUAAAUGCUCAAAAUGUUAGCAAUGACCUUGAUCAGAAACAUAUCAGUGAUUAACACUGAGGAAAUUUGAAUGUGACCAAACAGGAAGUAAUUACAAGGAUAUUACAAAUCCUAUUAUAUAAGUAAACGUCUGGAAAUUUUGCACCAGCUAAAGUAGACCUUGGUAACCAGACUGAAUACUCUGCAAUGACAAGUAAAUUACAUAAUGGCAUUGUAAUUAUGUAAUUGACUCUGCUUAGUAUAUUUAUGCCAAUUUAUAUGGAGUCAGCCUCAUUGGGAAAAACCUAAUGCUUAUUCACUUUUUUUACUUUUUGUAUUUGCUUUGCAAAGACAAUCCUAAAACACAAUGCUUUACUGAUUUUAAUUUUUGCCUUUUUGACACUUACUUCUUUUAUUUUGCAAUUUGAAAUGCAACCAGAUGCUUCUGUGAAAUAACUGAAUUAUGAAACAAAAACAAAAUGACUUUCUCUAAAUCUUGUCUAUAGGCAAUCCACAAGCAGUUACCCUGCAUGUGAAACCGGAAACAUAGGGAUUCGUAAACAUUCUAAAUUAUAAAAUAUGUUUAAAAUACUAUGUAAUUGUCACAUUAAAAGACAAACUGUUCCUUUCUUUUAACGUUUGCCACUAAAAGUGGCUAUAGAACCUUGAGGAGUAUUGUAACAUAGCAAUAUUUAAGAAAAUUCCAAGUCCUUUGAAUCCAUGUGUAAUGGCAGUAUUGUUUAAAUCCUUCUAAAGAAAUCUAAAAAAUGUCAGGCGAUGGUCAUAGUCUCAUUUUAGGGAUAGCUGGGAUGAUAUCAUCAUCAGUCUUUAUCAUGUAAAUGUGUGUGUUUCAGAAGCCUGCAAAAUCCCACUGAGGGUCUAUGUGCAGCCCUUUGUGAAUGAGGAAACCUGUUCGCCCACCGUAGACUUUGGUUUGUGAGAACAUGACUGGAUUCAUGGCUGUAUGAGACUCCGGCCCGUGGUCAAGAUUCCGGGGCCCAAAGAGGGAUGAGAGGAACUGUGGCCAGUGGACAACUUACCCACGGGCAGGAGAGCUGUUCUCUACAGUCAUGCUGGGAGACACACCUCCUCUGAAGCACCUGAUGAAACAGAUGUGGCCAACAGAGCUUCUACACACUUAAGUCUGUGACAUUUCUGAAACAUUUUCUUUUUGGCCUCCUACCAACUUAGCCGUGUGGACAAUUGAGGCAGCUCAGAUCCAAGCGCAGACAUUUGUGCGUCAUUCUGCUUUCACGGUGCUCUGGACCGGUGCUCUUCCAGACGAGCAGCCACUGCUCACAGGUGGCUGCUGGUCACUUGAUGUACCAAAAAUGCUAACACAAUCCCGCUUUUCAAAACUCAAUACAAAAAUAAAAAAUUUAAAAUAUUGUGUUAGUUUUUCAUAUUGAUUAUAUAUUAGAAUAAUAGUUUGGAUAUAUUAAAAUAUAGUUAAUUUUAUCAGCUUUUUUUUUUUUUUUACUUUUUAAAAUGUGUCUAAGAGAAAAGUUAAAAUUACAUAUGUGGUUUGUAUCAUUUAUAUUAGGCGGGACUUUUUCUUCUAGACAAUAACGUCUACAACAGUAUUAUUCUAAUUUCUACCUUAUUUAUGUAUUUGUAGGACAAAUGUGCUCUUCUGGUUUGAGAAAAAAAACACUGGGAUUCCAAUUAGACUUUUUAAAUGGGGGAAAAAAUUCAAGAUUGUCCUUCUCUGUGGCAAAAUAGUCUGGUUUAUGCUAUGUAUCUGAAACUUAUUUGAGAACAAAAAUCAAUAAUGCAAUAUAAUAACUGUCAGUUCUAAAAUGCAAAAUAUAGUUUAUUGUUUGCUGAAAUUCCCUUGAUUAUUCUGCUUUGUGACUAUGUUGUGCAAUAAACAUUACAGAAUAGUUCAUCAAAUUAAGGUUG